AUGGCAGAUACGUCAGUUGCCGAGCCACAAGCUCCCGUUUCUACCACCCCCGAAACCAUUGACCGCAAUACCGAAGAGGGUGCUGUGGCAACAACUGGCGCCGCGGACAACACUCUGCAAGGAGAUCAGCAGCUCCAGACGGUCAAAAAGACCAAAAUUAUUCGCAGAAAGAAGCGCCCAGCGAGAAUACAAGUCGACCCAUCAACCAUCAAGUCCGAGCCUACGCAGCAGCCCGGACUCGACUAUAAUAUCUGGUACAACAAAAGUGGCGACAACGACGACAAAUAUGGCCUCAGCCAGCCCGCGCCUGGUCGCUGCAAUAUUGCGCGUGACUCGGGAUACACUCGCGCUGAUCGUAUUGCCGGCUCGUUUUUCUGGUUCAACCCGAAUAUGGACUGCUUUGGGAGAGACAAGCACAGCGAUUACAAGGAAGAUAUGUCCGGAGUAGGCUCGUUCACGCGCCAAAAUAGGACAAUCUACGUGGGCCGAAUUACGGUUUCCGAUGACAUCGAGGAAGUGGUCUCAAGGCAUUUUGCGGAAUGGGGUCAAAUCGAAAGAACAAGAGUCCUUACCGGACGCGGCGUGGCUUUUGUGACUUACUCGUCAGAAAGUAACGCGCAGUUUGCUCUGGUUGCGAUGCAAAACCAAAGCUUGGACCACGAGGAAAUUCUUAACGUACGAUGGGCAACAGUCGACCCAAACCCAAUGGCACAGAAACGUGAGGCACGCCGGUUAGAAGAACAAGCUGCUGAGGCUGUGCGCCGGGCUCUCCCCGCAGCUUUUGUAGCAGAGAUCGAAGGCCGAGACCCCGAGGCCAAGAAGCGGAAGAAGAUUGAGGGAUCUUUCGGGCUACAGGGCUAUGACGUUCCAGAUGAUGUGUGGCAUGCCAGAACCCGGCAAUUGGAGGAUGCAAGCCAGGCCGCUCAACUAGAGGCGCCUCAACAACCAAUGAUGAUCGAGUCUGCUCCGGUUCCAGCACAGGAGCAGCAGUCACAGAGUAAUGGCAUCUUCUCCAGCACUGCUGUUGCAGCCCUACGGGAUCUUAACGCUGGAGUAGUGACGACCCAGGCACCAAAAGCUACUGGUGGACCACUAGUCGGCUACGGCAGUGACGAUGAGAGUGACUGA